AUGGCCAACCAUGAAUGCGUUGAGUGGCAGUUCAGUGGCAGUGAUGCGGCAGAAGAAGCCGCAGCAGCUUCCCUAAGCACUUACACUUCUAAACUCUUCGCUCUAUGCGAUCCUCAGGGAAAGCCUAUCCUGCCCCCACGAAACGCGUCCCCAGAGUCAAGCAAUACCGCCGAGAAGGCAGUUGUAAAAGCUGUCAUCUGCGGCGAUGGAAACGCCUACGCCCCUGGCAUUGGCCUCCCGGUCGCCAAAGAUGCUGUGGCUAAAUAUCUCAACCGAGAUCUUGAUAAUAAGCUAACGGGAGAUGAUGUGUUUAUGACUGUUGGAUGCAAACAAGCGAUCGAGGUCGUGGUAGAUAUCCUGGCUAAACCAAACGCCAACAUCCUGAUUCCUAGACCGGGUUUCCCUGCGGACUACGUCCGCUCUCUCUUCAAGAAACUCGAGGUUCGAAGGUAUGAAGUCAUCCCCGAGAAAGAAUUUGAAAUCGAUCUCGAUAGCGUCAAAGAGAUGGCAGACAAGAACACGUUCGCGAUCUUUAUAAUCAACCCUCAUAAUCCCAAUGGGAACUACUACACUGAGGCUCAUCUUGAGCAGCUUGCUAAGUUGGCUCGGGAACUCGGGAUAAUGGUUGUCUCAGACGAAGUAUAUAGAUGGACCGUGUUUGGAAGUAAACCCUUUGUUCCAAUGGGGAAAUUCUCUUCGAUUGUACCCGUUAUUACACACGGUUCCAUAUCUAAGGGAUGGAGUGUCCCAGGAUGGCGAACCGGCUGGCUCGCACUGCACGAUCUAGACGGUGUCUUUAAAUCCACCAAGAUCUUAAAAGCUGCUAAUGAAUUUUUGGAGAUAAAUUCUAAGCCACCAACUGUUAUCCAGGCAGCUAUUCCCACCAUCUUGGAGAAAACUCCUCAAGAAUUCUUUGAUAGGAGGCAGAGUUUUCUAAAAGAAAAAGUGGAUAUUGCAUAUUCUAAGCUCAAGGAGAUACCUACCCUCACCUGUUACAUGAAACCUGAAGCCUGCACCUUCUUAUGGACCGAGCUGGACCCAUCACAUUUUGUGGACAUUAAAGACGACCAAGACUUCUGCAAUAAGCUUGCUAAGGAAGAAAACCUCGUCGUUUUACCAGGGAUUGCAUUUGGUCAGAAGAACUGGCUAAGGCAUUCUAUUGACAUGGAGGCUCCGACGUUGGAGGAUGCAUUUACAAGACUGAAAAGCUUUUGUGAACGCCAUAACUGAAGCGUAACACCACGACGUCGAUGGUGUCAAUUACUAAAAGGGUUCUUAUGUAAGCCUAAGUCUUUUUAUAUGCUAUAAUAAAUAAUACAUGGGGUGUUUUGCUUUUAUGAAUAAAUCUUGAACACCUUUCGAGUUUGUGGCAGAUUAAAUAAAUGGUUUACUGUAGUAAACAUCAAUCAUGUAAUGUCUUCUCAUCGUUGGGUGCAUCUUUCGAUGUAUGUAUUUCUUUGUAUUUCUAUCAAUAAAUAAAUUUCAGUUAUGUUCA